AUGAAAGGCUCCAAAGGUUCCUCUUGUCCCUUAAGCGCAGAGCCGGAGCUUGAGGAGACAACUCUGAGUGAGGAAGAUGAAUUCUUGAUCCUAGGCUGUGAUGGGCUGUGGGAUGUGAUGAGCAGCCAAUGUGCAGUUACAAUUGCAAGGAAAGAAUUAAUGCUUCACAAUGAUCCUGAGAGAUGCUCAAGAGAUCUGGUUAGGGAGGCACUCAAGCGCAAUACCUGCGACAACCUGACAGUAGUUGUGGUAUGCUUCUCCCCAAACCCACCACCUUUGCUUGAGAUCCCGAAAUUGAAAUUCAAAAGGAGUAUAUUAGCAGAAGGUCUGAAUCUUCUGCAGGAAGUACUAGAUUGUAAAUCAUGA